CGAGUUCAGUCCCUCACCCCACCAAACACCCAGCUCAUUCCAGCUCCCUGGCGAAACACACAGCAAGCCCUAGCUCCUUCCCAACCCAAAAAUCCAGCUUCCUGGACGGAACUGCCGCCGCCGUUCGUCUGUGUUAGCGUCUCCGCGGCCUCUUCCUUCUCCUUCUCCGUGGCGUCUCCCCUUUCUAGCUCGGCACGUCUUCCAUUCCCAAGUGAAAUCGCUGCUCCAGGCCUCCAGCUGGUGCGCCGUGGUGUCGCCGUCGUCUGGCCGUCGUGUCUUCGUCGUCCCGCCGUCGUCUUCCUGCUGCCAGUGGAAGGGAUUUGAGGUUGAAUUUUUGAGGUUAGUGGAAAUGGAAGCUCUGACAUUUUUGUCAAGCUGAAUAUGCAACCCUCUGCCUCUAGUUUAACAAUUUAAGGGGGCUAUGCCAUUGGAUGAAGGGUUGGCAAUUGGAUUCAAUACAUCUAAUGUGAUCAAGUGGAAGGAAGCAAAACUGCAAAACAAAACAAGGGGUUGCAAAAUACAAAAAUAAAUUGAAGUUAGCUGUGGAACAAAGGUGAAUAUGGAAUGUGUGGUUCAAGGUAUUAUAGAGACACAGCAUGUUGAGGCCCUUGAGAUUCUUCUUCAAGGGCUAUGUGGCGUCCAAAGAGAGCGAUUAAGGAUUCAUGAAAUUUGCCUCAAGAGUGGUCCAAAUCUUGGCCCUGUAGCAUCUGAGGUUCGACUUUUAUGUGAUCUUGAGCAGGCUGAACCAUCAUGGACUGUAAGACAUAUUGGGGGUGCAAUGAGGGGUGCCGGUGCUGAACAAAUUUCAGUUCUGGUUAGGACAAUGGUUGAAAGCAAAGCAAGCAAGAAUGUGCUUCGUAUGUUUUAUUUACUUGGGUACAAGUUAGACCAUGAACUGCUUAGAGUGGGAUUUUCUUUCCAUUUUAACAGGGGUGCACAAAUCACUGUAACGGUGUCAUCAAUCAAUAAAAUGCUAAAGGUGCAUGCAACGGACGAGGCUGUACCGGUAACGCCUGGUAUACAGUUGGUGGAAGUAACUGCACCUGCAACUGGUGAAACCUAUGCUGAAGUUGCUUCUGCAGUUUCAUCCUUUUGUGAAUAUCUUGCACCGCUUUUGCAUCUGUCAAAACCAGGCAUUUCAACUGGAGUUGUUCCUACGGCUGCUGCAGCUGCAGCAUCCCUUAUGUCUGACGGUGGUGGUACAACUUUGUAGUGUGCUUGUAAUGUAUAGAUACAAAAUUCUUGUACACUAUUAAACUUUCAUGUUACACAUGAUUAGUUGUUAAUUGAAACAAGGAAUGGAACUCCAUUGACACAAGUUGCUUUGGAGUGGCAUAAGUUUUAUAACGGAAAAGAAGAGAAAUGCGUGAAAACUGUUAUUGCUCAUCAACUUCCAAACUUACAGUGCAUUUUUUAAUAUUUGUUUGGGUAAAGUAUAUUUCGAAAAAUAUUAAUAAUACCGGUAGCUUUUAAUUAAUUUUA